AUGGCAGAUAAGAAACAAGCAGCAAGAGCCACAACCACAGCAAGCAGAACAUUAAGGAACAGCCUUUCCACACGGAGAGCAGUGCAGCGCUGGGAGAGACAGGCGGCACAAGCUGAACGCCUGGAGACCUGCGAGCCUUGGCUGGACAACUGCACCGGACACGGCCUCGCGGUGACAGCAACAGCCGUGAUCCCAACAGGAGGGCGGCCGCGACCGCCCGCCCGCCGUGCGCGUGCGGGCCCGGCCCGGCCCCGCGUGACGCGGAGCGGCUUCUCCUUGUGCCCCCCAGGGCCUCUCUUCAACACCGGCGCCGGGCAGCACAUCCUGAAGAACCCCCUGGUCGUCAACAGCAUCGUGGAGAAGGCCGCCUUACGACGUACGGAUGUCGUUCUGGAAGUAGGCCCUGGAACUGGUAACCUCACAGUGAAAAUGUUAGAGAAAGUCAAAAAGGUUAUAGCUUGUGAAAUUGAUCCCAGACUGGUGGGCGAGCUUCAGAAGAGAGUCCAGGGCACGUGCCUGGCAAACAAACUGGAAAUCAAGGUUGGCGACGUGUUGAAAACGGACUUACCCUUCUUUGAUGCGUGUGUAGCUAACCUGCCUUACCAGAUUUCCUCACCCUUUGUUUUCAAAUUGUUGCUUCACAGACCUUUCUUCAGGUGUGCAAUACUUAUGUUUCAAAGGGAAUUUGCACUUCGUUUGGUUGCAAAACCAGGGACUAAACUCUACUGCAGACUCUCUAUUAACACUCAGUUAUUAGCUCGUGUGGACCAUCUGAUGAAGGUUGGAAAGAACAACUUCAGGCCCCCUCCUAAAGUUGAAUCCAGUGUUGUCAGGAUAGAGCCAAAGAACCCACCACCACCUAUCAACUUCCAGGAAUGGGAUGGUCUAGUAAGGAUAGCCUUCGUUAGGAAAAACAAGACACUCUCUGCAGCAUUCAAAUCAAGUGCUGUAGAGCAGUUGUUGGAUCAUAAUUACCGAAUUCAUUGUUCCUUACAUAAUACAGAAAUACCAGAAAAUUUCAAAAUUGCAGAGAAAAUACAAACAGUCUUAAAGAAUACAGGUUACUCUGAAAAACGUGCCCGUUCAAUGGAUAUAGAUGACUUUAUUAAACUUCUACAUGGCUUCAAUUCAGAAGGCAUCCAUUUCUCUUAAGUUACCUCAGAAGAAAGAAAGAUAUUCUGUGUUUUGUCAUCCACGUCUUCCUGAAGCUAUAAUGACUGCACUGGGACAAUAUAUGUUCACAAAACAACAAAUACAGCAUGCAUAUUCUGGGUCCUUUUAAGAACAUUACAUACCAUUUUAUCUCAGACAACAGGAAGAAGCUGCCACUCCAUAUUUUACAUGUAUUAAAUUUUUUCAAGACCAAAGUGGUGUGUUGGACUUCCAUGGAACUGCAGAUUUUUAAAUAUAUCCUACUGCCAUGUGGAUUAAGGCUGCCAUAACUGAGAGCUGUGCUGUCUUUUCAUGGACUUUGUAUAUCCUUGCAGUAUUCACAGUGUAACUCUGAAUUCAGAUUUGGGCAACAAAAAUAGAUUUUUAGCCAUGUAAUUUGUUUUUA